AUGCCUUGGCUCAGCGACUGGUCACAUCCUCUACCAGAGGAGGACCUCAUAUCAUACACCUUCGAUCAUUGCGACUAUGACAAAGAUGCUCCAAUCUUCGUCGACGUCGAGGACACGUCCCGCAGCCUCUCAUACAACCAGUCUCUCUCAACUGUCCGAAAGCUCGUGGCUGGAUUCCGUGCAGCAGGUCUUCAGCCGGGCGACUGUGUCAGCAUCGCGAGCUUCAACGACAUCAUGUAUCCGAUGCUCUUCCUCGGUCUCGUGGGCGCUGGUGGAAUCUUCUCUGGUAGCAACCCUGCGUACACUUCUUUCGAGGUCGAGCAUCAUGUCCGGACUGCUCAGGUAAAGUACAUCAUUGCUGAGCCUGAGCUGCUAGAGCCCAUCCUUCAAGGCUCGAAAGGAGUGGUCGACAGGAGCAACAUCUUCAUCUUGAAUGUCCGGGGCCAAGCUGUGCCUGAAGGGUUUCGAUCCUGGGAGUGGCUUCUGCAGCAUGGCGAACAGGACUGGAUUCGAUUCAAAGGUGCUGAGAAGUGCAGGAAGACCAGCGUCGCAAGGCUUACAACUUCAGGGACAACGGGUCCUCCAAAGAUGGCAGUACAAAGUCACAUGAAUAGUACUUCUUGGUUCUCCAUGGUCCACGAGAUCAGACGACCGGACUGGGAAGCACGACACCUCUACUCCCUGCCAAUGUUCCACGUCGCUACCGUUCCUCUGGUCCACGCUGGCCCCCUUCGAGCAGGAAGCACUGCCUACAUCAUGCGCCGUUUCGAGCUUGAUGCCUUCCUCGCUGCCAUCGAACGACACAAGAUCACCAUGCUUGGUAUGGUGCCGCCUCUGGUCAUUGCCAUCAUCAUGUCUCCUCUCCGGCACAAGUACUCUUUGAAGUCGGUCCGGAGAAUCGGUUGUGGCGCUGCUCCGCUGGAUAAAGAUUCUGGGGAACGGAUGAAGGCGCUGUGUGCGGAUGACUGUACGUUUACGCAGGUCCAAGGAAUGACGGAGACGACGGGGGCGAUUAGCCUGUUCUAUUAUCCUGAUGAGGAUGAUACUGGUAGUGUUGGGAAUACUUUCAUGCCGAACACUGAUGUGAAGCUGAUCGACGACAAUGGCAAAGACAUCUCAGCUUUCGAUGUUCGCGGCGAGCUUUGCGUCCGAGGGCCGUCAGUCAUUGAUGAGUACUUCGCGAACGCAAAGGCCAACGCAGAUUCCUGGGACAGCGAGGGCUACUUCAAGACUGGCGACAUCAUGUACUGCGACAGCAAGACUAAGAAAUGGUACAUUGUCGACCGAAAGAAGGAGUUGAUUAAAGUCCGGGGCUUCCAAGUCGCACCUCCAGAAUUAGAGGCUGUCCUUCUGGGUCAUCCAUCAAUCGUUGAUUGCGCGGUCAUCGGCUUGAAGGCGCCGCCCAACUCUGAUGCAGAACGACCGCGAGCCUACGUUAUGAGAAGGCAAGGGGAAACGAUCACCGAAGCUGAAGUCCACACUCUGAUCGGAGAACGACUCGCCAAGUACAAGCAGCUGACAGGAGGCGUGAAGUUCUUGGAUGAGAUUCCCAAGUCGCCGAGCGGGAAGAUUCUCAAAAGACUACUCCGUGAGCAGGCAGAAGAAGAGGAAAAGAACGGGAAGCAGAUCAGUGCGAAACUGUAG